CCGGCCCCCGGCCUGAGAGAGUGAGGGAGUGUUUUAAAGCUGGCAGGAGGCAUGAUGUCCUACAUUAAACAGCCCCAUUACGCCGUGAACGGGUUAACGCUGUCCGGCCCGGGCAUGGAUCUGCUCCACACCGCCACCGUUGGAUAUUCCAACACGCCACGCAAACAGCGUCGUGAGCGCACCACCUUCACGCGCGCACAGCUGGACAUCCUGGAGGCUCUGUUUGCCAAAACGCGCUACCCAGACAUCUUCAUGAGAGAAGAGGUGGCCCUCAAGAUCAACCUGCCUGAGUCCAGAGUCCAGGUCUGGUUCAAAAACCGCCGUGCCAAGUGUCGCCAGCAGCAGCAGCAAAGCACAGGCCAGUCCAAACCACGGCCCACUAAAAAGAAGGCAUCCCCUUCUCGUGAAGCCACCACUGAGGCCAGUGCCAACCCCACUAAUGGACCCUACAGCCCUCCACCCCCUCCUCCAGGCACCGCCAUCACCCCCAGCUCCAGCUCAGCUAGUACCACAGUGUCCAUCUGGAGCCCAGCGUCCAUCUCUCCACUGCCAGACCCGCUGUCUGCCUCCACCACUCCCUGCAUGCAGCGCACCACCACCUACCCAAUGACCUACACCCAGGCCCCAGCCUACAGCCAAAGCUACGCAGGCACCUCCUCCUACUUCACUGGCCUGGACUGUAGCGCCUACCUGUCCCCCAUGCACCCACAGCUGUCAGGCACCGGAGGAGCCCUGAGCCCUAUCACAGCCUCCUCGAUGGGUGGGCCCCUGAGUCAGUCGCCCGCCUCACUCUCCUCUCAGGGCUACACAGCAGCCUCACUAGGCUUUGGAGCUGUCGACUGUCUAGACUACAAGGACCAAACUGCCUGGAAAUUCAAUUUCAAUGCUGCUGACUGUCUGGACUACAAAGACCAGAAUUCCUGGAAGUUCCAGGUCUUGUAA